UUCUCUCUCUCACUGUAGCAGUUCUGUCGCAACAGUUGCACGGUCAAGAUGAUUACAGUUCUACUAGGUCUACUUUUGCUUAUAAUUUUAAUUGAAAUUUACUUUCGCACACGUCCUGUGUAUGUUGAUAUUGCUCGUAAAAUCAAUGGACCACCAGUUUUAUUUUUUCUCUCAUGCGUGAAGUUUUUGGUUUCACUCACAAUGGAAAGCACUUUCUGGCAUCUUCGUGAUUACGCUGCAACUUAUAAGAAUACUUAUAGAUUUUACGCCUUUGGACGUUUAUCGAUUAAUGUGAUACGCGCUAGAGAAGUCGAGAUAUAUCUCUCAGCCAAUCGACAUAUGGACAAGGGACAAUUUUACAAAUUCUUUUCAGCAUUCCUUGGUGAAGGACUUCUUAUAAGUAAAGGCGAAAAAUGGGCACAGAGAAGGAAAAUUCUCACACCCGCCUUCCAUUUCAACAUUCUUCAGCAAUUCCUACGGAUCUUUCAUGAAGAAAGUCAUAAACUCGUAAAGUUUCUAGACAACAAUAUUGAUAAUGAACAGGAAGGCAUUAAUCUUCCUCCAGUAACUUCAAGAUUUACUCUGAAUACAAUUUGUGAAACUUCUAUGGGAGUUAAACUAGAUUCCAUGGAGGAACCCGAUGAAUACCGAAGGAAUAUUGUACUGAUUGGAAAACUGUUAAUUGCAAGAAUUCUCAAGCCGUGGAUUUAUCUCGAAUUGCCUUAUAAAUUGUUAGGCUAUAAGAAAGAAAUUGAUCGGCCAUUGAUUCCAAUACACAACUUUACGAGAAAAAUUAUUCAUCAACGUAGAGAAGCAUUUUAUGAUGGAAAAAUUGUAAAUUUUGCACCUGGUAAUCGGGAAAAUAUCUAUGAAACUAAGAAAAGAAGAUAUGCGAUGCUAGAUACUCUCUUAGCAGCGGAAGCAGAAGGAUUACUCGAUGCUGAAGGGAUCCGAGAAGAAGUGGAUACCUUUAUGUUCGAAGGACAUGAUACUACAUCUUCAGCACUAACCUUUAUCUUUCUUCUCCUAGCUAAUCAUCCAGAUGUACAGGAAAGAGUCUAUGAAGAAAUAAGAUCUGCUGUUCAAUCUAAUUCUGGAGAAUCUUUAACAAUGCCUCAAUUAAAUGACCUCUCAUACACAGAUCGCGUUAUCAAGGAAUCUCUUCGCUUAUACCCACCAGUUCCCCUCGUUUCUCGUGAAACGAGUGAAGAAUUUCUACUUUUUGGUUGCAGAAUCCCCAUUAAAACAAUGACGCAUAUACAUAUCUUUGAUCUUCAUCGCGAUCCUGAUCAAUUUCCGGAUCCAGAGCGAUUUGAUCCAGACCGUUUCUUGCCUGAAGUAAUGGAAAAGCGCCAUCCAUUCGCAUAUGUUCCAUUCAGCGCUGGACCUAGAAAUUGCAUUGGGCAAAAAUUUGCACUAUUGGAAAUCAAAGCUCUCUUACAGCACGUCUUGCUUAAUUUUCACCUUAGACCAGUUACCAAGUGUGAGGAAAUUGUCUUCAUAGCUGAUCUUAUUCUACGUAGCCGAGAUCCAGUUCUAGUGAAAUUUAUUAAAAGACAGUAAAAGAAUUUUAACUUUAACAUAAUGUAGUGGUAAAGUUUAAUAAUAAAUAGUGCAUUAACACGUCAUCUGGAA